CAGCGUCGGCCCGUAGACACGUUUCGUCCGUUUUGAGGUCACUCUUCAGUAUACUCGCGAAUUCCCUUUCGACGACCGCGUAUUUUAUAGUAGUGAAUUAUAACCCGAAUAUCAUGUACAAAGGGGGGUGACGACCGGUUGUUCAAAACUCUUCAACCAUGGAAUCGGAUCCUCUUACUGGGGCCGAAAGGUCCUUUAAAGAAAACGACAGUAGUAGAAACCCCGGUAAUAAUAAUCAUAGUACUGUCGUCAACAUAGUGGUGUGCGUUUUGUGUGUCAUAAGUGUGGUUUGCAGUGGAUUUAACAGUUGGUACGAUAGUGCCAUUACAUCCCAGGUUAGGUAUUUGGAAGAACGGGUUGUGUUGUUGGAGAAAAAAUGGGUGGACAAUGUGGUAAUGGAGAGAUUGAGGAAGGAGGCCGUGGACAAUUUAAGGAAUCGGGUGACGAGAGAUUUGGCCGCCAGGAAUAGUCAGGAGUUGGUUAAGGACGCACCUGAAUGUUUAUGUCCUGCAGGGCCUCCAGGUCCCCCAGGUCCACCCGGUCCCCCGGGAAAGAGAGGGAAAAAAGGCAAAAAGGGAGAAGCAGGCGAACCAGGGAUAGCGGGAAUCCCAGGCACUCCAGGCAAGAACGGCUUUCCGGGUCCCAUUGGACUGGAAGGUCCCAAAGGAGAGCCAGGUCUACCAGGCGAUAAAGGACAAAAGGGUCAAACAGGAAGUGCGGGCAUCGAUGUGAUACAAGCCGUGAAGGGUUUUAAAAGAUCAGUGACAACUCUACGAGGAGGGACGCUAGGCUACGCCGAGAUCGUAGCUGUCAAGGGAGAGCCUGGAGAGCCAGGUCCUCCAGGCCCACCGGGUCCUUCAGGUCGCGAGGGUCCCUCGGGACACGAUGGCAGGCAGGGAAUGCCUGGGGAGCCUGGACCAGCAGGUGAAAGGGGCGAACCAGGGCCUGUCGGUCCUCCUGGACCGCCUGGAAUUGAUGGACUUACCGGACCAAAGGGUGAUAAAGGAGACAAAGGCGAAAGAGGGUUAACGACAACGAUCGCGGGCGACGUUAAGUUCCCUACUGGCAUUAUCGAAGGACCACCAGGACCCCCAGGACCUCCAGGUCCCAAAGGUGAUUCGGGUCCCAUAGGAAUUGCUGGACUAGCUGGAGUACCGGGAGAGCCUGGACCACAAGGACCGCCAGGAUUACCAGGUUUGGUGGGUCCAAAGGGUGAAAAAGGUGAAUAUGGUGACAUCGGUCCACCAGGUCUCAUGGGUCCUCCAGGACUCCCCGGACCGCCAGGCUAUCCGGGACAAAAAGGCGAAAAGGGUGAAAAAGGAGAAUCGAAAUACAAGAAGUUGAGGCGACGACAGUUUCAGGGCGACGGAACGGGCGAAAUAAUAUCUGCAGGAGAAAUGAUCGUCGGCCCCCCUGGACCUCCUGGACUUCCAGGAACCCCAGGACUCCAGGGACCCCCGGGAAUUAAAGGGGAUAGAGGAAUGGAUGGAAUUAAAGGAGAACCUGGUGAAAAGGGAACCAAAGGUGAUCCAGGGCCAAUGGGGUUGCCUGGACCAAUGGGAUUAAGAGGAGGUACAGGCAUGCCAAGCGACUAUCCGAAACUAGGAAAGCAGGGUCCUCCAGGUCUGGAUGGAAUGAAGGGUGCUCAAGGGGAACCAGGAGCUAAAGGAGAAAGAGGUGACCCAGGACUACCGGGAACCGACGGGAUACCUGGCCAAGAGGGACCCAAAGGUGACAAAGGUUAUAAAGGAGACGCAGGUCCUAUCGGAAAACGUGGAAGGAAAGGCGAUAAGGGAGAUAAAGGCGAUCAAGGAGUGCCAGGAUUAGAUGCUCCUUGUCCAUUAGGUACCGAUGGAUUGCCUUUGCCAGGGUGCGGUUGGAGACCACCGAAGGAUUUAUCAAGAACAGCACCAGCUCCUUCUCCCCCGAUCGCUCCUCGUACAGAAAGCGAGGAACAAACGGAAAACGGCGCCCCUGAAGAAUAUGAUGACCAGGAAGGACCCGAAGAGGACUACGAAGAGUACCCCGAUCAAAAUAUGGCAUUGACGGUUUCUGCAUCAGCUGUUUAAUUUUUUUUUUAGAUCAUUUUGUACAAAAGUAUUUAUAUCAGUAUAACCAUACCCAGUAUUGUCUUUUUGGUGGUAGUUUAGAAAACUUUUUUUUUUUAAGUUGACAUUUUUAAGAACAAAACAAAACAUAAACAUAU